AUGCCGCCCAAAAAAAGAGCUCGAUAUGCCGCCCCAGCCCCAGCGGCAACCAGCAUGGCUGAAGUCAGCAAGGUCCAGUUGAAGCUGAGGGAUUGGCUACAGGAUGUGCAUGCGUUGCGUCAUUGCACCGCUGGCAAUGGCCAAGAUGCUGAUCCAACUGAGGUGAAGGGCUGGCCCCAGGUGAAACCAGGGACCUUUCGGAGUAUUGCCCAAGAUGUUUGGUCCAACCCACAACGAUUGUUGAAACGAAGUUUGGAGAUGCUGCAGAAGGCAGGCGUCAUGGCAGUGGGAAGCACGUUGGAAGAUUUGAAUACGACUUGCACCAAACUUCAUGCGUGGCCGCCCAGGGCAGGUGAGUUCUUCACCACCUCAAUCCUUAUGUGGAGCAUGCGAGAUGCCAGUUUCUGGCGAGGCCCUUUCAGUGCGCAGAGCGAGAUGAUUGAUGUUGCUGCCAGUAUUGCUUUGUCCCGAUUUCGGGAGGGCGAAGUGGUUUCCAUGCGAAUGCCUGACGACAUCGACAUGGUGGCCACCGAGCAUCAGCAAGCAGGAGUGUUGUUUUUUGACGACGGAAGUCAAAAGACUUUGGCUGGCUUCAUGGCUUGGAUUGGGCUGAUAGCCUUGAGUCCAGAAUUCGAAGAGGAAGAGUACCGGGCCCCAGGUGUUGCAACCUUGCUUCAGUCAUUGUUGAACAUUGGCACCAUCUACAAGCAAGGCUUUGACGACCCAGUUGACACACUGAUCAGCCGAGUCAUCAAACAAAAUUCCGAUGCGAAGGUUCAGCCGAUCAAUUCAUUCCAGUGGGCCGUGAUGCUCCAAACCUUGUUCAAGAAUGAUGACACCGUGACGCUAGAUGAUGCCAUGCAGCGGUACAAUAUGCAUCCAGAAGUCCAAGGGCAAGGGGGGAAGAUGACAGGCUAUGUGUCUGGUGCUGGAUCUUUGAUGCUGGACGUGAAGAAGGCCAGGGCAAUCAAACACUGGCUUGAAUCGACGGGCCCUGAAACGUGGAACUUGGUGGCUGGAACACAGCACGAUUUACCAUUUAACAAUGGUGCAUUUGGUGAGUCGUUUGCCGGCAUGGCUUGCAUGUUUUUGAACAGCAAAGUCAAUGGUCUAGCAGUCCUUGACACAGAAUGGCAACCUUUGGCCCACGAGUCUUUUAUCAGCAUUGACUGGUCCCUGCCUCUCACCUCCAAAGGACAGUUCCUCCUUUUCAACAGAGUGCUUGGAGAUUUUCAGAAAGAUUCCGCCCUUGCUGAUUCAGCUAUGAAAAAGAAAUACAGAAAGAAGGAGGAAGAGCUGAUUCGUUUGCGCAAUAUGUUUGCGCUGUGGGGCCAGUUACGUGACCAUGUCGCUGCAACUUGUGGUGAGAAGCAACUCGUUGACAAGGAGAAGAAAUUGGUUUCGACAGAUUUUCUUGAUGAAGAUCUGGAUGAGCUGUUGACACGUAGGCCAAAGAGUUUCUGUGUUAGCAUGCUGGCUAGCGAGCGGGCCACAGCGCAAGCGAAGCUGCAGCAACAAGAGGAGGAGGCUUGCAUGGAAGUUGAAACCCAGAGAGUCCAAGUUCGGCAGGCAAAGUGGCAGUUCUUUGUCAAAGCUUUGGCCCAGGACCACCUGGCCCUCAAACAGGUUGAAGCUGCACCACAGAAACUGGCCAUGCUGCAGCACAAGAAGGAUGUUGCUUGGCGUCAGGAGCAAAGUGAGAUUGGCCAGAAAGCUGUGACGUCCUACAUGAACCGGUAUCUCAGGGUCAUCAAGGUGGACAACGGCGACGUCAUCAAGCCGCAUGUGAUGGAGUAUCUCAACUACAUGGCGAACCUGCACAACGUUCAAUUGCAAGACUGCCACAUCAUUGGCAUGGCCGACAUGAACAUCCCGAAGACCAAGUCCAAGGAGAAUGUGCAAAGCAUUUGCCGGUGCUUGGCUUUCCUGAAUGACCUCAACGUGAAGAUGAACAUCUCCUUGUUGGAGAUGCCGGAUGUCGCUCGCCAUUCAUGCAAACGUGGACUUGCAGAUGAAGAGGCAGCUGUGCAGCAGUGUCUCUGGGCUCUUCAACAACAUUGUGAUGAUCGGUUCAUCGUGAACUUUGACGUCCCUGCUGCCCAGGAUUCGAGGUUUGUAGUGAACUUCCAAGCCAUGGCAGAGAACUUUCUUUUGCAGAAUUCAGAGCUUGCUGUGGCCGGGCGGCCCCUGGACAAUACUCAAGUUCUUUUGCCAAGGCAGCGUGACCUCCUUGUGCCGGAAUCCUUGCAGUCGGAUUCAGACAUUCGUUUGGCAGAACGUGCCACCCCUUCUCCAGAGCAAGUUCGGGCCCAAAAAGGCCCUGGGAAGCAUGUGGCUCUAUUGCGAUCAGUGCUGUCGACUGGAAGGGAGAAUCUGAAGGGACCUGUUCUGGUCUGCAAUGUCACGGGGUAUGUGGAAGAUGUUGGAUCAGCAGUCAUGGACUUGAAAAUGAAGGGCGAGAAGAUUGGCAACCUGGACCCUUCCAAGCUGCACUACAUGAGCUUGUCCUUCAUUGAGGACGUGGAGUUCGGAAAAGCCAGGUUGGAGUGUGCACUUACCGACUACUGGCUUGACAAGAAAUUUGAAAUGCCAGGUCUGGCAUUCAAGGCAGAUGCUCCUCAACUGACUCAAGCCGAAAUGGACAGAGUCCCUGGAGCUGCGAUUGCCAGCGGUGCAGUGGACCGUUUGAAGCUCGAGGUUUGCGCCCGAGAGGGUGCAAGGAUCAUCAUCAAGCCGGACGAGGACCGGUAUUGGAAAGCUCAAGGCGGAACCAUCACCGAGGAAUACCAGGCUUUGAAAGACGAUCAUGAGAAGAACUAUGAAAAGCUGCUGGCGAACAUCAUGCAACGGCGUCAAGGCUCCAGCCGCAGCCACACACAGGGAGAAGAAGAUGGAGCUGACCCGAUGCCAAUACAAGAUGAUCGCAACCCAACGGAGGCCCUUGUGGAGUUCGAGAACUUGGACAAGUUGAAGGAGACAGAGACGAUUGCUGAGCAGGUCCCUUCUGAGAUUCAAGAUGUGGAGGUCAUUCGCUGUGAGAGUGGGAAGCUGUUUCUGCUUGCCAAGAAGGACAAAUCGCUCACCAAACACCUCCAAAUUGGAGGAUUUGGAACAGGGGGCUACGUGGCCACCACCGACCCUGGUCCAGGAGUCAAGUGGAAUGUGACUUCAGACAAGUCACUGGUCCAAGUGGACGAUUCUACCUUGCGUGCUGAUGCUGCUUCAGUGUCCGUCAUGACGUUGUACAAGCUGCUUGUGGCUUUGGAAAAAACCAAAAGGAUCACCACACACAAGGUAAGCUACUUGGAUGUCAAGCGCAAGGAAGAGUCGGAAGAGGAACUCGACGGCUUCGAAGUGACAGUCCGGAGCCCUCAGAUUUUCAAGCCCAUGAAAAACCCAUCCGGUAAGGAGGAAAAGGCCAGUGGCAAGAAUGUCUUCAGUCGAUGUAUGGAUUCCUUGGAGAGCUCUCCGGCCCUGGUGGUUUGCUUUCGCUUUCGAUUCGAGAAGAUCGGUGGCACGCUCAAGGUGCAGAAACCCUACGUUGUUCUUUCACGAGCAAUCCAGUUGACCAAGGACAAGCCGUUGCAGGCCCUGUUCAUUCCUUGCCACAGUUGA